AUGGCGGAGGAAAAUCAACUUGCUGUUUUCGAAGAGAAUACACCACCGACGCCGGUUCAUUCUCAACCACCAACGAUGCAUGCGCCACUACCGCAGACUCCCGCAGGCGUGCCACUGGCACAUCAUGGAGCUCCCUCGACCCAUCUUCCGCCACCUGCUUCCUCGGGCACACCCCCGACGUAUUCAGGAGCACCUCUUCCACGAGUGCCACCACCGGCAGUGGUGCCAUCCACAUCCGAUGAUAACACGAGCAUUGCAGCGCACGAGGGCACAGUCAAUCAACUAGCCGCCAACAUGGCCACCAAUAUGGUCGAGCUCAUGGCCCUACUCAAAGGCCCAAACUGUACUUCCUCGAGCUCCACCCCGCCUCCGAGGUAUGGGCCAGCAGUCGACCCAAAUCCAUGGGCCUUGCUGACCUUUGUUCAGGAGAGCGGAGAUGCACUCGCCCCGACAUCAGCCUAUAUACUGGCGGCCUAUUCGGUUAGCAAUCUCCCAGUACCGCCCGCUUUCCUUCAACCGUCUAAUGCCUCGGCGGUCGCCCCUUUCCCACCAACGGCGAUAUCAGGACUGCCCAUGUUCGUGCCCCCACCUGUCAUCGCGCCGGCCCCGGCCCUGAUAUUCACGGUCCCACCAUCGACCACCCACGCUCCUGCUCACACGACUGAACCUUUCCAUUCCCAAGCUCUAUAA